AUGUCAGUCCUCGCCACUUCCUAUUCCAUCUUCAUCAGCACUGCCAUAAUGUCAAUCCUCGCUACGUCCUCUUCCAUCUUCAUCAGCACUGCCAUGUCAAUCCUCGCCACUUCCUAUUCCACCUUCUUCAGAACUGCCAUAACGUCAAUCCUCGCCACUUCCUAUUCCAUCUUCUUCAGAACUGCCAUAACGUCAGUCCUCGCCACUUCCUCUUCCAUCUUCAUCAGCACUGCCAUGUCAAUCCUCGCCACUUCCUAUUUCACCUUCUUCAGAACUGCCAUAACGUCAGUCCUCGCCACUUCCUCUUCCAUCUUCAUCAGCACUGCCAUAAUGUCAAUCCUCGCCACUUCCUAUUCCACCUUCUUCAGAACUGCCAUAACGUCAGUCCUCGCCACUUCCUCUUUCACCUUCAUCAGCACUGCCAUAACGUCAGUCCUCGCCACUUCCUAUUUCACCUUCUUCAGAACUGCCAUAACCUCUGUGUGCCAAGGAGAAGUCGUUAUGUUCCAGGGUAGUGACAUGAGUUACCGUAACAACGUAGCGGUUCAGAACAAUCACGAUGGCCGUAUGGAAGAUCACCUUGAAGAACCGGAUUACAGCAUAACAUGCCACGUGUGCCACAAGAUCUACUCCCGUCCGUCCACGCUCAAGGCGCAUCUGCGGGUCCACACGGGGAAGAAACCAUUCAGGUGCCCAACGUGCCAGAAGUCUUUCUCCCAGGAUGCCAAUCUCAAGGCGCAUCUCAGGGUGCAUUCCAAGGAAAAGCCAUUCAAGUGCCACAUCUGUCAUCGCAGGUUUGCGCAAUCUUCAUCUGUCACUACGCACAUGCGUAUUCAUAGCGGAGAGCGCCCAUACAAAUGCAAGGUAUGCGCGCGCGGAUUCUCUGACAGCUCCACGCUGACCAAGCGCCUGCGGACUCACACUGGUGAGAAGCCUUAUCAAUGCCGGAUUUGCGGCAUGAGCUUCUCUCAAUCCGGGAACCUCAGCCGGCACAUGCGCAUUUACAGGAAGCGUAAAUAG